CAUUAGUAUGCAGUGAUCUCGAUAGUAAGUUUGCUGUCUUUUCAGAUAGCUUAUCUAUUUGUGCUUCAACAGGGAAAGGCUCUUGCAUCAAGGUACCGAUUCAGCCACAGGCGAUCGCGAUCGCAGUUACCAAAGAUUGCGGGAUAAACUAGCAUACGUCAUUGCACUUGCGUCAACCUCUAUCCAUUCAUAAACACCACCCUUCCGCAUCCCUCUCAAUAACCAAUCUGUUAGUGGUAUAAAAACGGACGUAAUCAACAUGAGCAGGAACAUCCUUAUUGUCGGGGCCACGAGGGGUUUGGGCGCCUCCCUCCGCAACCUCUACGCAACCGAGCCAUCGACUCGAGUCUUCGCAACAACCCGAUCCGACAACGCACCCGAGUCCUACUCCCAUCCUCACGUUUCCUGGCUACCAAAUAUCGACCUCACGAAGCCAGAUGUUGGGGAGAGAUUGGUCUCGCAACUCCCUUCGUCAACCAAGCUCGCAGCAGUGAUCAUCACCGCCGGCUACUUUGGCCUCGAGACGUUCGACACCCCCGAUUGGGACAAGCAGAUACAGAUGUACACUACUUCCGCAAUCGCACCAGUCUUCGUUGUCCAGAAACUGGUUAAGUGUGGGAUUUUGGGUAAAGGAAGCAAGGUCAUUCUCGUGAGCAGUGAGAGUGGCAGCAUCACGCUACGCCAUGAAAAAGAGGGCGGCGGCAACUAUGGCCACCAUGCCAGCAAGGCGGCGCUUAAUAUGGUUGGGAAGCUGCUGAGCUUGGAUUUGAAGCCGAAUGGUAUAGCCGUGGGUUUGGUACAUCCAGGAUUUAUGCGGACGGAGAUGACGAAGGGUGUUGGGUACGACAAGUACUGGGAUGCUGGUGGAGCUGUCACCCCAGAUGAGGCUGCAAGGUCACUGGCCGGGUUCGUUGACAAGUUCGACAUUAGCAAAACUGGCGAAUAUUGGGCACCACGGGGUCCUGGGGAUAUCGGAACUGCGGAGCCUGUGCUAGGUAGUGACUUGCCUACUCCGCUACAACUGCCUUGGUGA